CUAUAUGCUUGUUCCGGUUUGAGGGAUCGUUACGAAGUUGACUCUCAAACAAGCGACUACACCGCUUCAAACAUCCAAGAGCAAAGUAAAGGAGGCGAGCACAGAGGAAGGGGGCUUGAACCCACACCCAAACAGUCCUGGUUGAUUUCUGGGCGCUGAGCGCUCUCGUCAACAUGGGCGAACUCUUCAGGAGCGAGGAGAUGACGCUGGCCCAGCUCUUCCUGCAGUCAGAAGCAGCCUACUGUUGUGUCAGCGAACUGGGAGAGAUUGGGAUGGUGCAGUUUCGUGAUUUGAAUCCCGACGUCAACGCGUUCCAGAGAAAGUUUGUCAAUGAAGUCCGACGAUGCGAAGAGAUGGAUCGUAAACUGAGAUUUGUGGAAAAAGAAAUUAAGAGGGCCAACAUUGCAAUACUUGACACAGGAGAGAACCCCGAAGUCCCUUUUCCAAGGGACAUGAUCGACCUUGAGGCCACGUUUGAGAAGCUUGAGAAUGAACUGAAGGAAAUCAACACGAACCAAGAGGCCCUGAAGAAGAACUUCCUGGAAUUGACUGAGCUCAAGCACAUUUUGCAUCGUACUCAGCAGUUUUUUAACGAGAUGGAGGAUCCCAGUUUACUUGAAGAGUCGUCCACUCUCCUGGACCCCAAUGAGCCCAACAGAGUGGCUCCGCUCAGAUUAGGGUUUGUAGCUGGAGUCAUUGGCAGGGAGCGCAUCCCCACAUUUGAGAGGAUGUUGUGGAGAGUUUGCAGAGGAAACGUGUUCCUGCGGCAGGCGAAUAUCGAAGAUCCUCUGGAGGACCCCACUACAGGCGACCAAGUGCACAAGUCUGUCUUCAUCAUAUUCUUUCAAGGAGACCAGCUAAAGAACAGAGUCAAGAAAAUCUGUGAGGGAUUCAGAGCAACGUUGUACCCAUGUCCAGAAACUCCUCAGGAGAGGAAAGAGAUGCUGGCCGGAGUGAACGCUCGGAUCGAUGACCUGCAAAUGGUGCUGAACCAGACUGAAGACCACAGGCAGCGAGUCCUGCAGGCUGCAGCUAAAACGGUCCGAGUGUGGGUCAUUAAAGUGAGGAAGAUGAAGGCCAUCUACCACACCCUGAACCUCUGCAACAUAGAUGUCACGCAGAAGUGUCUGAUUGCCGAGGUGUGGUGUCCCGUUUCGGACUUGGACUCCAUCCAGUUCGCUCUGCGAAGGGGCACGGAGAAAAGUGGAUCCAAUGUGCCUUCCAUUCUCAACCGAAUGCAAACCAAGCAGACGGCACCAACGUACAACAAGACAAACAAGUUCACCUCCGGUUUCCAGAACAUCGUGGAUGCCUAUGGAAUUGGCAACUACCGUGAGAUGAAUCCAGCUCCAUACACCAUAAUCACCUUCCCCUUCCUAUUUGCUGUCAUGUUUGGUGACCUGGGUCAUGGGACGCUCAUGACCUGUGCAGCUUUAUACCUCGUGUUGAGAGAAAGCAGGUUGAUGGCCCAGAAAAAUGAUAACGAGAUAUUCAGCAUGGUGUUUGCGGGGCGCUACAUCAUCCUGCUGAUGGGACUUUUCUCAGUCUACACCGGCAUUAUUUACAACGACUGCUUCUCGAAGUCCUUAAAUAUCUUCGGCUCUGGAUGGAGUGUCAGACCCAUGUUCGGGGAGAAAGGCAACUGGACGGACGCAACUCUUGCAGGCAGCGCAGCGUUGCAGUUGGAUCCAGCGGUGGUCGGAGUGUUUAAAGGGCCGUACCCAAUUGGCAUCGAUCCAAUAUGGAGUAUUUCAAUCAACAAGCUGACGUUCUUGAACUCCUUCAAGAUGAAGAUGUCCGUUAUCCUGGGAGUCAUCCACAUGCUGUUUGGCGUCACUCUUAGUCUUUUCAACCACCUGUAUUUCCAAAAGCCCCUCAAUAUCUACUUGGGGUUCAUCCCAGAGAUCGUCUUCAUGGCCAGCCUCUUUGGCUACCUGGUCAUUCUGAUCUUCUUUAAGUGGGUCUCUUAUAAUGCUUUGACCUCCAGGGAUGCUCCCAGUCUCCUCAUCGCCUUCAUUAACAUGUUCCUCUUCAGCUACAAUGACCCCACCGUCAAGCCUCUCUACAGAGGACAGAUGGGCAUACAAAUAUUCUUGGUGUUAAUUGCCUUGGCGUGCGUUCCCUGUAUGCUAAUCGUAAAAACUCUGGUUUUGCGGAGGGAGUAUUUGUGGCAGAAACAUCUGGGUACACAGAACUUUGGAGGAAUCAGGGUGGGCAACGGUCCCACUGAGGACGAAGCUGAGAUCAUCCAGCAUGACCAGCUCGCCCAGCAAACGGAUGAAGAACCUGAGAGUUGCGUUUUGUUACCUGCUUUCAAGGCGCAAGAAGAGGAAGAGUUCAACUUCGCGGACAUGGCGGUUCAUCAGGCGAUCCACACCAUAGAGUACUGUCUGAGCUGCAUCUCCAACACCGCUUCCUAUCUGAGGCUUUGGGCCCUCAGCCUGGCCCAUGCACAGCUGUCGGAGGUGCUGUGGUCCAUGGUGAUUCGCAUCGGCCUUUCCACCAGAAGCCUGGGAGGCUUCGUCAUUCUGUCCCUCGUCUUUUUCUUCUUCGCUGUUCUCACAGUUGCUAUUCUUCUCAUUAUGGAAGGUCUGUCGGCCUUCCUGCACGCACUGCGACUGCACUGGGUGGAGUUCCAAACCAAGUUUUAUGCCGGUCAGGGCUUCAAGUUCCUGCCGUUCACCUUUGAGAGCAUCUUGGAGGGAAGGCUUGAGGAAUGAAAGGACCUCCUUUAACGUCACUUGUGUGUUGCUGAAUAUUUGUUCUUGUUGUGUGCGAGUAGGUUUCUGUUCUUCACCGCGCUUCCAUAACUCGUCAGCAUCUUACUAUUCAUCACGAUACAGCUUUCUUGAGUUUAUUUAUACAAUCUUUUCCUUAUAGCUUGUAUUUUUGUGAGGACGUAGCACAAAUGAUAAACCAGAUCACCGUGAGUUUGACUAAUUUAAGAAGUGUUCCUCGUGUUUAUUGUGCGUCUUCUCCACGUCGCCUCCUUAGACUGCUCCAGGUUCAUCGGAUGCUUGAAUUUCUAAAACACAAACUUGUGCUUUGUUGCAUUUUGACGUCAGACGGAGUUGUAAGGCACCAAGCAAGUCAAGAUCUUGGCUUUUUUCUGAAAAUGAAGGAAACUCCAAGUUUUGUCCAACUUUGUUUGUGUUCUUUGUCACUUUGACAGAAUUGAUAUUUAAAUAAUCUGUAGCAACAAGUUCUUCUGUAUCACUCUUUCUUUUGAUUUUGGUUUCUGUUUGUAAUCUCUGAUGUUCUCUUCUCUUGGAGAUCUUAAGAAUGAACUUGUCAAAAAAAGGUCUCACCCUCAUUAAUUGUGUAUCACUUGGUAAAUAAAGUGGAAGCAGCUGGUUGAA